AUGAGCGCCUCCAAAACUACCUACGAUGUCCUCAUCAUUGGCGCUGGUCCCGCUGGUCUCUCAACGGCCCUGGGGCUGGCACGCCAGACCUACUCAGCCCUUGUCUUUGACUCACAGCAAUAUCGCAACGCUCCCGCCUCGCACAUGCACAACGUCGUAACCUGGGACCACCGCGAUCCUGCCGAGUUUCGCGCCUCAGCUCGCGAGAAUAUCCUCGCUCGAUACAGCGACAGCAUUCAGUUCAAGAAUGCCACUAUUGACAAGGUCAAGAAGUGCGAUGAUGGCACCUUUGAGGUGGCCGACACCGACAAGGUCACAUACCGUGGAAAGAAGCUUGUCCUAGCCUCAGGUAUCAAGGACAUUAUGCCGGAAGAAAUCAAGGGAUUCAAGGAGCUUUGGGGCAAGUUGAUCUUCCACUGCCUCUUCUGUCACGGAUUCGAGGAACGUGGUGCCAAGAGAGCCGGAGUUCUUGCUUCGGGCUUUCUCACCGCGCCGCCCAUGGUGUUGCACAUGGCCCGCAUGGCAACAAACCUAGCAGAACACGUCACCAUCUACUGCCACGGCAACGCUGAGCUGGAAGCCACUCUCAAGAAAACUCUCGAGGGCAAGGGAGUUACUGUCGAGGGUAGGAAGCUUACCGCUGUUGAGAGCCUUGGAGAAGGCCUCAAGAUCCAUUUCGAAGAUGGUGCCUCUACAGAAGAGCGCUUCUUGGUCAAUGUGCCCAACUGUAAGCUCAAUGGCUCCUUCCACGAGCAGCUAGGACUCGAAGUCGACCCCAUGGUAUUCAUCAAGGUCAACCCCCCCUUCAACGAAACUGACGUUGGCGGAGUGUUUGUCGCCGGUGACUGCGGAACUAUGCUCAAGGCCGCUCCCCAGGCCAUUGCCAUGGGCACCUUUACUUCUGGUGGACUGGUGGCGCAGUUGGCUGCGAUGGGCAAAUUCUGA